CAUUCAAGAGAGAGCACACGCAUAUUUACAUCCUUUCCAUCUCUUCUCUCACCCACUCUGACUCUGCCUCUCUCUCUCUCUCUCUCUCUCUCCUCCUCCUCCUCUCCCUCUUUCCCUCUCACACACACACACACGCAUACACAUACACAUACACAUACACACACAUGCACACAGACCCCCCUCUCACACAGGAGUAGAUAGAGAGCGGCGAAGAGCAGAAGGAGCUGGGUGGCAAAAGAGAGGCAGGAGGGCUGUUGUUGAUUGAACAAAGCCAGGAAAGGAGUGCGCAGUCCUAGGGAGAAGAGCAGCUGUGAAAUGCCUCGAAGGGAGCCUGCCAGCUACUCCUGCAGAGACCUGAAGGUUUUGAGCUUCAGCUGAGGAUGGCAGGAGAUUCCCGAAUCCUCAUGGACCACAACAUGGAGAUAGGAGUCACACCUGCACAGGUGAAGAAGCUUCCUAAACACUUGCGGGAGGCUCAGAUCUCGACAGAGCGAACCCACUUGAUUUCUGACCCGGCGAAGAAGCCACGUCAGCGAUACGUGCAGAAGGACGGCAAGUGCAACGUUCAUCAUGGAAACGUGCAAGAGACCUACCGUUACCUCAGUGACCUGUUCACUACGCUGGUGGACCUACGCUGGCGUCUUAGUCUCUUCAUUUUCACCUUGGUCUAUGUAGUCAACUGGCUUUUCUUUGGCUUUCUGUGGUGGCUGAUAGCACUCAUCCGCGGGGAUCUGGUGCAUGCUGAUGAGGAGGGCUGGACCCCCUGUGUGGAGAACCUCAACAGUUUUGUCUCAGCCUUCCUCUUCUCCAUUGAAACAGAGACCACCAUUGGGUACGGUUAUCGUGUUAUCACAGAAAAAUGCCCUGAAGGUAUCAUACUGCUUUUGGUGCAGGCCAUCUUGGGUUCCAUUGUUAACGCCAUGAUGGUGGGCUGCAUGUUUGUCAAGAUCUCACAGCCAAAGAACCGCGCCGAGACCCUCAUGUUCUCGCACAAAGCUGUCAUAUCGGUGCGAGACAACAAGAUGUGCCUGAUGUUUCGGGUGGGGGACCUGAGGAACUCUCACAUCGUGGAGGCAUCGAUCAGAGCAAAGCUGAUCCGCUCGCAGCAGACCAAGGAGGGGGAGUUCAUUCCACUCAACCAAACGGACAUCAACAUCGGCUUUGACACGGGAGAUGACCGGCUGUUCCUGGUGUCUCCGCUUAUCAUCUCUCAUGAGAUCAAUGAGAAGAGCCCCUUCUGGGAGAUGUCACUGGCUCAAAUGGAGAAGGAGGAGUUCGAGAUUGUGGUUAUCCUUGAGGGCAUGGUGGAGGCCACAGGGAUGACAUGUCAGGCACGGAGCUCCUACCUGGACACAGAGGUGCUUUGGGGUUACCGCUUCACGCCAGUUCUCUCCCUGGAGAAGGGCUUCUAUGAGGUAGACUACAACAACUUCCACGAUAUCUACGAGACCAACACGCCCACCUGCAGUGCCAGGGAGCUAGCUGCUAAGCUUCGGGAGGGGCCGCUAUUGCCUCAGCUUUCGCUCCUUAGCCCUGAGCCCAAAAUGCAUACUUUUGACCCCCUAGACCGCCUGUCCAAACCGGACCCACUCAGCCGGGAUGAGGACAAAGAGGAGAGAGAUUCAGGGGCUGACAGAGGAGAGACAAAUGGCUCAGCUGCUGCUUUGGAGGAGCCGCCCCUUGCUGAUGGACUACCUGACUGAUGUGACUGACAGCCACAUCAGCUAAAAACCCAGGACAGACUGGACAGGAGGACAGGACAAUAUAAUGCUUAAUUUAGUCAAUGGCCAGCUUGUUCCAUUGCAAUGCUUGGAGAUACAAGACAUCCGUCUCCAGCCCCCGACUCAUGCAAUACUCCUCUACUAGAGUGUCAAUCUAUAGUAUAGAUUGGUUUUGUAGACACGUAAGUACACAUACACAAACACACACGUACAGUAUCUAUAUCCUACACUUAAAGGUUGGUGGUUCAGAUUGUCUUUUUAUAAUCGCAAUGACCACUUAACUGCUAUAACAGCUCAAGUUGUAUAAUGUAAACUUGAGCUGAAACUGGUAGCCAUGACAAGAGUUCCAUGGGCUUAUUAUGGAUACUCCAAUAUUCUCAUUUUAGAGUGUGUUUAUUCAGCUUCAUUUGAUCAGAGUAUCAGUCUCAUAACUCAGCUAAUGUGUCUGACAGCAGCUUCUGCGUGGUAAUGGAACCUUGUUAUUGAUUUUUUUCCCCUUUUUUAAUGUGGGGGCUUAUUAUUUACUUUCUCUGUCAGUGUUGUUAUUAUCCUGUGUCAGAAACCCAAUUCACCUAGGAGGAAAUGUAUAAGCCUUCUAGUUUGCAUAUAGACAAGAGAAGAUGUAGGAAAUUGUUCUAUAAAAGGCAAUGUGUACUGGCAACCGCUAUCCAAUUUUGUUUUCUGUGUUCAUAUCUUCCUCAUGGUUGUACCGUCAUGAAUACUCUCACUGUGUUUGGUUGUCUCCCCAACAUACUGGGAGCCUUGACCCAAAAGAAACCAGCUAGUACCUCAUUUUAUACUCAUUUUCAGGGUUUGAAAUUAACAAUAAGAACAAGGCAAAUGCUGGUAAAAGCUGUACAGUAUGCUACUGACUGACUAUUUUGAAAACGUCUCAACUGGUUAAAGAUUUAAUUCCCCUUCCCACUGCGGCAACUAAAACAUUAAUUCCAAGCCCUUUUCUUGGUACGUAAAGCACAAUUUCCCAUGAGUCGACUCCACACUGACCUAAGCACCCACCUAGCCACCGCUACUGGCUGAUGCAUGUCAGUCCUAGUUAAAAGUGACAUUCAAAUGUAGAUUCAAAUAUUUGUAUGAAAUAUUUAUGUUCAACUGCUAUUUGAAAUGUUCUUGAUUUUUAUACACCACACACAUGAAUACUGCAAGUGCUCCCCAAGCAAAAUGAAAUACCCCAUGUAUCCUUUUAUGUUUGUUUUGUUUUUGUUUAAAAUAUUUAAAAGAUAUUCAACCUUGGUAUAUUUCAGCUACAUAAAAGUUGAGUCUACUGAUGAUAGGAGCAGGUCUCAUGAGUUUAGUAUCUGGCCAGCCCAUCACCUGCAAUAUUUGCCUUCUCUGUAAUUAUUUGCUCGCAACUUCACCUCUAGCUCUCACCUUAUGGUUUUUUUCCACACACACACACACUUGGUUCACUCUGCACUUUGGCCCUGUUUCACAAACCGCCCCUGGGUCUUUUGCUCAAUAUAGUUUAUGGCCCUUGUGACUACUGUUUUGGAAGUUGACACUUAGCCUACAGUAUUUUAUUUGGUUUUAUUUUUUCUUUGAAAGGACACAUCACAGCUUGCAUGCAUGAAUCAACCCCUAUGUGUCCUAUUGCUGAGUCAGUUUAAUACAGUAAGAAAUACAGGGUAUUUUCUAGGCAUGCAAAUUAUGAGAUUUCUACAAUAUAUUAUAAGAUAAUGUAUGAAUAUUCAAUUAUCAUUUCUCGAAAGAAAAAUUAGAUUCCUAAUACUUUAAAAUCUCCCACUCCCCAAUUUGAUGUUAAAUUGUUCUUUUUUUACAGAUGCUUGUCCAAUAAAUGUAUUUAUUUUCACUGUGACAUUUUUUCAUCCUACUCUGUAUUCCAUUUGCUAACGAUACAUUUGUCAUUAGAAAGGGAUCAUCUUUCAUUGCUGGAAUGUCAUCUGUUUUCUGUGUGUUCUCAUGGGAAUAAACAUAAUAUGGCCGAAAGAACAA